AUGUCGUCGCGCGCCUCGGCUUCCACUACGCGGCCCCGGCGCUCCGAGGCGGCGCUCAUCCGGCAGCUCGACCCCCUCGCCUCUGCCACGACCGCGCUCUACGCCAAGCUGGUCGCGAUCUCCAACCUCGAGGAGUCGGCCCGCAAGCUGCGCCAGCCUGUCCUGGCUCCGCACCUCCGCGUCCUUGGCCCUCUUGAGCUCGGCUCGAGGGAGACUCGACGGACGGCCCGGCUUGGCCCGCGGCGGCCUCGGUCGACGCAAACCCCCCACGGUGUCGCUCCGCGCCCGCCUCGCCGCCCUCGCCCUCGCCCUCUCCCCGUGGCGGCCUCCUACCUCAGCCGGCGCGCGCACGACCCCAGCGCGCCGGUAGCGCCUUCUGGCUGGUGCUCCCGCUUCGCCUCCCCCGCGGCCGCCGCCCCGCCCUCCGCCACCCCGCCGCCGCCGCCCCUCUUCACGCUCGACGACCGCCGCCGCCGCCGACUUCUCUCGCCCGACCCCACCGCCUCCGACCUGCUCCCCGUCGCCUCCUCCCCCUCCCCCCGCGCCGGGGCGGGCGCCGGCAGCCGCUCGCCCUCAUGGGACCGCUCCCGCGGCAAGGCCUCCGCCCCCGGAUCCCCCAUGGACGGGGUCGUCGAGCCGCCGCCCCGCAAGGAGCUGCUCGCGCUGCCCCCGCCGUCCAGCCCCUGCACUCCUCCUCCCCCGACGGCGACGGCCGUGACCCCGGCGACGGAGGCUGCCAGGACGGAGCCGGCGGCUCCGGCCAGCGAACGGAAGGCAGAUGGCGAGGAGUGGGUCACUCUAUUCGGGAAAGCCCUCCAAAAGAAUGGUAUCCAACUAUGCAGUGGCGUCAUAAUUGGAGUAAAGCAUAUUGAUCCAGUGCUGGCCAUGUUUGAAGUCAUUACCCUUAACCGUAAGGAGGGGGAUGCCUAAGGCUAGGCUUGCGACUGGAGUGAAGUCGUAACAAGGUAGCCGUACUGGAAGGUGCGGCUGGAUCACCUCCUUUUCAGGGAGAGCUAAUGCUUAUGCUUAUUGGGUAUUUUGGUUUGACACUUCUUCACGCCCAAAAAAAGAAGGCAGCCGACAGCAGCUGGAUGAUAGGCUCGCUGGAAUCAAUCAAGGAGGCUUCAUGGUCUCCCUGCCUUCGAAAUCACUUGUCCUGAAGAGCAGGACAGGUGCAUCAAAGCAGUUGGGGGCCUUGCCUGUUGGCUGUUGUAACUUUGUGUUCUGGUGGGUGCUGUCAUGAGCAAUGGCUCUGGAUGAAGGAUGAAACUGAGAUCUCAAUAUGUAUUUAUUUUGUCCGUUGUAAUCUACAUGAGCUCUGAUAUAUUUGAGAAUGUUUUUUU